CAGCACCACGUGACGCGCGGCUCUUGACGUCACGGUGAGAGGCUGUGGGGCUAAGUGGACUGUGUGCUGCGGCUCGAGGAAAAGAUUGGUAGAGUUUGGACUGAGAGCAGCCGGGAAACUCCAGCUCCUUUGUGCCUCCCGCAACCUGUUGCUCCCCUCUUGUCGUCUCCGAAACUUUUGCCUAUCGCACCCGGUAAUGGACUAUUAGAGACACUUUUAACAGGAACUCCACAGCAACUUGAAAGCGAGCCUAAAUCGCCCCUCACACCACCCACAAGCCUCAACAGAAGCAGCGACCAUGGGCAAACAGAACAGCAAGCUCCGUCCCGACGUCAUGCAGGACCUGAUGGACAACACGGACUUCACCGAGCACGAGAUCACCGAGUGGUACAAGGGCUUCUUGCGGGACUGCCCCAGCGGCGCGCUCUCCAUGGAAGAGUUCAAGAAGAUCUACGCCAACUUCUUCCCUUACGGAGAUGCCUCCAAAUUCGCCGAGCACGUCUUCCGCACGUUUGACGCCAACGGUGAUGGGACUAUCGACUUCAGGGAGUUCAUCAUUGCCCUUAGUGUGACCUCACGUGGCCGACUGGACCAGAAGCUGAAGUGGGCGUUCAGUAUGUACGACCUGGAUGGGAACGGAUACAUUAGCAAGGCGGAGAUGCUGGAGAUUGUAUCGGCUAUUUACAAGAUGGUUUCCUCUGUGAUGAAGAUGCCUGAGGAUGAGAGCACACCUGAGAAACGCACAGACAAGAUCUUCAGGCAGAUGGACACAAAUAGAGAUGGUAAACUGUCCCUGGAGGAGUUCGUCGAGGGAGCGAAGAGCGACCCCUCCAUCGUCCGACUGCUUCAGUGCGAUCCCAGCAGUGCUGGGCAGUAGAGAACUGGACUUUUUCACAUUGUAGUUCUAUUAAUUUAACAAAUAUUCAAAAUCUCUCCCAUCUGACCCACCUGGAGUUGCUGAUGUUUGAUCACUUGAGCUAUAGAGGCAAAUGUACACACACUCACACGCAUUACAUAGCCACCAUGCAGCUGUACAUACUACAAAUACCAAAGCCUGACGCAUAUAUAAUCUUUCACACACUGACACGCACACACUGUACAUGUGCCUCUAUACCUGGUCAGACAGCAUGGGUCUCAUCUACGGUACAAAUAUAUCCCAAAGGACUGAAAUCCCAUCAAAGACUUGUUAAACACUGAAUCAGAGCUGAGCUAUCUCUGUCGGAGAAGACGGCCAGCGAGGAUAAUCCAACGGAUUCAUGACGUACAUUGAGCCGCAUCCAAGUUCGCUGUUUUAUUUUUAUUCUUUUAUUUGUUCUUUUUAAAAGCAUUGUUCCUGAUUUUAAAGGGAAUCGUGCAGCAUUUUUGGUCUCUUUAACUGACUCGGGUUUGUUGUGUGAUGAUGGACGGAUCUUUUCAAAGUAUUGUAAGUCCAGCUCAGCGUUAACACUGGAUGAGAUGAAGCGAGCGAGUCUGGGACGACAAGUGUUCGCAGCUUACAGUGUGGUUUAUCUAGACAAGAGAUCUGGGACUUAUAGUUUAAGGAAAGGACGAAAGUUUAUUAUUUUAUUUUUUUUAAAGUAUCCCUUUGGAGGAAUGUUACAUCAAACCAAAAACUGACUCAGAUUUCUAAAUGAAGGGGAAUAUUUUGACUACAGAUUUACAACCAUCUGUUUCUUUUGAACGUGACUUUUUAUGCCAAGUUCUGACACACAGAUCGACGCACACACUUCAUAAAAACACACAUUUUACUGAUGAAAACAUGAACUUGACAUAAGCGUGUAAACCGAGCUGUGAUUCUUUUUUUUCUUCAAAUAUGGUUGUAUCAGCAAAAAAAAUAAGUUAGAUGUUAUAUGAAUAUAUAGUAUGUACUUAUAUAUUCUUUUACUCUGUGAUGACAUUGUGGGCGAUUUGCCGCAGUGGAAGAAAUUCACUUUAAAAUGUUGAUGUAUAAAUUAUUGGAACGACAUUUUAUUGUCUUUUACUUGACGAAUAUGAUAUGAAAGAAAAUUGUACAGUAUAUUCACUCAUAUUUAUGAUAGAGAGGUAAAGAAAAAGAGGAGAGGACCACACAUAUUGCUAUCAGUUUAGCUUUGCAUAUCCACCGCUACAUUGAGAGAGGAAAUGAUCUCACUUUGGUCCCCACCCCUCCACAUCUAAAUGACAUCAUGUUUCCCCAACAGCAUGUGAACAUCGGCAGUCAUUAGGUUUGUCCUGUGCUGUGUGUAAAUGGAGUGUAAACAGUCUCCAAAUGGUGCACGCGUCAUUUAAAGUGCAACGGCGAUGUCUGCAAAUUUCAGGUCGCGUGCAAAUGUGCACACACUUGUGUUCCUCAUCUGUACCAAAUUCAUCCCAAACGCAUCUGUAAUAGACGAUUUGAGCGCAGCUGUGACGAUGGAGAUUACAGAUACAGAUAUCGUUCAAAGCGCUGACAUUGUUGGCGAGCAGCAUCCACCAAACCCCGCCGAGUUUUUUGCAGGAUUUACUGACAGCUCUUUGCUGCUUCCGUUCCGCUUCAUUUACGCCCCUCCCUGCUGCUCUGAAAACACCAUGAGAUACAGCAGUCUUCACAUGAAUAGGGGAUGACUAAUGACUUUGGGAAAAGAAAACAGUUGUGAUAAAUUCUCUGGGCUUCUUGCACAUUUCAUGUUGGUGAUCAGGUACUUCAGUCCCACAUUUCACUUCAAUAGCAUCUUGUGGUCAAGUGCCAAAUAUAGAUGAAUUAAAUAAAAGAGAAAACACAGUAUUGUAUCCAUUUAUACUGUACAGUUGUUACCUGUCGAACAAAAAAACUUUGUCACUGUAUCAUUUUGUAGAUUUUGUAUUGUUAACUCACAUUAUGUGUUAUGUGUAGGGUGUCCAUUUUGUUAUUCAAAUAAAGACGAAAUGGGAAAACUGA